AUGCAUAAUAAUGAAAAAGAUUGUACAUUAAAAAAAGUGUCACUUGCUCACAAUAAUUCAAAGCUUCCUGAAAGUAAUGCUUCAUCCAUGUCUCCACCAGACGGUGGAUAUGGAUGGGUUAUUGUAUUUGCAUCUUUCAUUGCCAAUAUUGUAGUUGACGGAAUCAUUUUCUCAGCAGGACAAACACUUGUUGAAAUUUGGGAAAAAGAUUUCCAAACCACUGCAAUGCAAGCUUCAAUAACUCAGUCUUUCUUGGCUUCUUUUUACAUGCUUGCGGGUCCUCUGGCAAGUGCAUUAGCAACUUCAUUUGGUUGUCGUUUAGUAACGGUUGCUGGUGCUUUAAUGACAUUUGUUGGAUUUAUUUUGUCGUCAUUUGCACCCUCCCUUCAAGUGCUUUAUUUUACUUUCGGUAUUAUUGGAGGAACUGGUUUUGGACUUGUUUAUUUGCCAUCAAUAUUAAUUGUAAAUCAGUAUUUUCAAAAACGAAGAGCGUUCGCAGUGGGAAUAGCUGUAUGUGGUUCCGGCAUUGGUACCAUAUUGUUUUCGCAGAUAAUUCCAUUUUUGUUGAAGUUUUCCAAUAAUAACUGGAGAUAUCUCAUUAUUUAUGUUGCAUUCAUCACUCUUAUAUCAGGUGUCAGUGGUUUGUGCUACCGGAAAGUAUCAUCUGUUACAUCUGAAUAUGAAAAGGCUGAAAGAACUUCGCUGAUUAUUCUCGAAACAAAAUCUUACCCAGAAACCGAGGGAAAAAAAGAAACUCUUGAGUUUGUUGCUUCAAUGAUUGAUACAUGUUUGUUGUCUGAUAUGCGCUUUAUACUAAUUGCAGUCACUGCUUUUUUAACCGUUUGCUGUUUGUUCGUUCCGUUUAUUUUUCUUGGAAAACAGGCGAAUACAGUAGGUGCAAAUCAAAGUCAGCAGUCAUAUUUGAUAUCAGUAAUGGGACUUGUGAAUGUUUUUGGGCGCAUAUUGUCCGGGCUACUAUCAGACUUACCAACCGUGGACACUUUAUUUCUUCAUAAUGUCAGCAUAAUCACUGCGGGUAUUGCAACUUGUCUGGUACCGCUACUGACAAAGUAUUGGAUGUAUGUAAUGUACACAAUACCAUUUGCAUGGGGUGUCGCUUGUUUUGCAACACUUCGAAGUGUUAUUUGCAUCGAGCUACUUGGUAUCAAAAAAUUUUCAAGUGCCUUUGGAAUGAUGAUGCUCUGCAUGGGUAUAGCUGCAUUGAUUGGUCCACCAUUUGCAGCCUUUUUGAAAGAUAUGAGUGGCAAUCUCAAUUUGUCAUUUUAUGUGAUGGGGUCACUGCUGACAUUAAGCGGAGUGCUUUGCAUUCCACUUCGAAUGGUCAAGCCAAAAAUAACAAAUUCACUAAAAUUAUGUAAUACUGGGCAGCUAAAAUUGCAAUCUAUGCAUGGCACAGAACGAUUCUGA